UGCAUAUGCCGCAUGCGUUCAUUCUCUGGACAUUGUCAUGGGGAUUUCCACUCAGGUGCAAGUUCCUCCUCCUUGUCUGAAUUCUGGAUCCGGCGGGAGGUAGGCCCCGUUGACAGCGCGGAUUCAGAAUGAGUGAAAGCGGACAACGGGUGUCGCAGCUUCAUCUGAAACCAUUCACGUGUUGCCCUGCCGUCAUCUCGGUUUGUCCACCGCCCCCCUAGCGACGUCUCUCCUAUUUCCCAAUGACUUACUGGUUCUGUGACAAUAGUUUUGACUAAAUCUGAACUAAAAAAACUAUAAUUACCCUGCUGGAACCGCUGUGCAUAAUCACCGGGCUGGAGGGGGCGAGCUUGAGGUGUCGCUUGCACAAGUAACAU